AUGGCCGAACAACCAGAAGAAUCUAAAUUUACAUUUGUCGUUGUGGGUGGAGGAAUUGCUGGCGUAACAUGUGCCGAAACUAUUGCCAUUUGUUGCCCUGAAGAAUCAAUUUUAUUAAUGACUGAAUCCACAGUUAUUAAAACUGUGGCCAAUUUAGAGCCGGUAGCUCGUUACUUGCAUAAAUUUGAUGUACAGGAAAGGACAUUGGCAUCUACAUCUUUAGGUGGAGGCAACAAAUUCUUAGCUCCUGCGAUAAUAACAGUAGUAGACCAAUUAGAACAAAUUGAAGCAGAUUCAAAGUUCAUUUUGACCAAAGAAAACAAAAAAUUUCACUACAAAUACUUGUGUUUGUGUACCGGAGGAACACCACGUCUUAUAGAAGACAAUAAUUCUUUGAUAUUGGGAAUACGUGAUACAGAUUCUGUUUUGGAACUACAAAAGAGAUUGAAGAGUGCCAAUAAAAUCGUAUUAGUAGGCAACGGAGGUAUAGCAAGUGAAUUGGCUCACGAAUUGGAGGGAGUUGAAGUACAUUGGGUGGUUAAAGAUAAUCACAUUGCAUCCACUUUCAUUGAUCCAGGAGCCGCAUAUUUUUUCCAGCAAAGAAUUGAACAGAAACAGCAAAGCAAAACUAGCGAUAGCCCAACUAAAGGUAUUGUAAAACGUUUACGUUAUGAUGAAAUAGCACCUAGCGAUAAUGUUGGAUUUAAAAAGGGAGCUGCCUUAGGUCCCGAUUGGCAUCAACAUUUUGAUUUACGGGGUUCAGAUGCCACCAAAACCAAACCAAUAAUUCACUACAAAGCCUUGGUGGAAAAAAUUGAAAGAGUAACAGAUAAAAAUACCAAGAAACACUCUUUAAAGGUUAACUUAACUAGCGGUGAAGAAAUUAACUGUGAUUUCAUAGUAUCAGCUACUGGGGUUGUGCCAAGACAAGACUACAUUUGUAGGCCAGAGUUGACACUGUCCGAAGAAGACUAUGGCAUUCAAGUUAAUGAAAUGAUGCAAACCUCAAAUGAAUACAUAUACGCAGCCGGAGAUGUAUGCACUGCAACUUGGCCUAAGGCCGACCACUGGUUCCAAAUGCGUUUGUGGACGCAAGCUCGACAAAUGGGCAGCAUGGCUGGACGAAGUAUGGCCGCUGCUUUUAAUAACGAAAUUGUCUAUCAAGAUUUUUGUUUCGAAUUAUUCGGCCAUGUUACACAAUUAUUUGGUUUACCUCUCGUUCUUCUUGGUCGUUACAAUGGUCAAGGAUUGGGUACCAACUAUGAGCUCCUCAUUCGAAGCACACCUGGUCAUGAAUAUAUUAAAUUUGUGAUACAAAAUGGAAAAUUAAGAGGAGUUAUUUUGAUUGGUAAUACUGAAUUGGCUGAAACUUGUGAAAACCUUAUACUCAAUGGCAUCGAUUUAACACCAUUUGGUGACGACAUCCUAAAUCCCGACAUUGAUAUUGAAGACUAUUUUGAUUAAAUAAAAAAAAAAUAAAACUUAUGUAUAUAUAUAUUUAUUACUAUUAAAGAAAUACAAUUAAAUGGAUUAAAAAAA